CAGCUCAGUCCGUCGCUGCAGUCCCACAGAGCGGCUACACAAUCAUCAUCCUCUCGGUGUCCCCGGAGCUGUGUACCGCUAUGUGGCUCUAAACCGACUGUUCAAACUGGAGCAGACUUUACCACGACGAGGACGAGUGUGGACUUGAGGACACCUGCAAACAGGGACUUAUUCUUCCAAAAGACGGACCGGGAAUCCUCGUUUUUCACCGAGCAAAUGAGAAAGAAUCGUCAUGACCCUUUUCCCUUGGACCUGUCACUCCUUCACUGAGGGACCUUCGCCCUUUUUGGUUUCUGGACUUAUUAUUACCGGGAUGAGAUAAUAAAGUCAUCCAGCUCGUGCAUGCUGCUACAACAACAACACCUGUGGCACUUGUAAACCCACCCUGUCCCCCCUAACCCCUCCCCAAGCUAAGAUCAAGUCAACAGUUGAACCAUGACGACACCAGCUCUCCUGCCUCUGUCGGGCCGCAGGAUACCCACUCUGUCUCCGGGAGCCUCCUCUUUCCCGCACCACAGGGCCACGCUGAGGCUCUCCGAGAAGUUCAUCCUCCUCCUCAUUCUCAGUGCCUUCAUCACCUUAUGCUUCGGGGCCUUCUUCUUCUUACCGGACAACUCCAAGCACAAGCGCUUCGACUUGGGUUUGGAGGAUGUGCUCAUCCCUCAUAUUGACUCGCCCAAAGAGGGAAAGCACGCCUCUGGACAGGUGGUCAUUCAUGGACAAGGGGCACAUGAUGAGCACAGACACAGGGAGGAGGAGGAGAGCCUGCGGGACAAGAUCCGGGCAGACCACGAGCGAGCACUGCAAGAGGCCAAGGAGAAGCUGAGGAAGUCACGUGAAGAGCUGCAGGCUGAGAUCCAGACUGAGAAAAACAAAGUAAUGGAGGAACUGAAAAAGAAGGAUGCGGGGCCGAAACCUUUGCCACCCGUCCCUAUGCCAAAAGUGGUGGGUGUCAGCGAUGGUGAGCCUGCGGAGCCGGACGUCAAGGAGAAACGAGACAAGAUCAGAGAGAUGAUGAAGCAUGCAUGGGACAGCUACAGGCAGUACGGCUGGGGUCACAACGAGCUGAAGCCCCUCGCCAAGAAAGGACAUUCCACAAAUAUCUUUGGCUAG